UCGGAGGAUGUUCUAUCCGAGGCUUUGCUUCGGCUUGCUGGUUGAAGCUCUGAGGCGGGAGCGCACCAGUGUUCGUCCGGCUCCUGUCAUCACCUCCGCCAUGAGUACCGGGCCCACCACGGUGAUUCAGAUCACCAACCUGUCCGCCGCUGUCACCAGCGAGCAGAUGCGGACCCUCUUUUCCUUCCUGGGGGUCGUGGAGGAGCUACGGCUGUACCCACCCGACAAUGCACCGCUUGCUUUUUCCUCCAAAGUAUGUUAUAUUAAGUAUCGUGAGCCAUCGAGCGUUGGUGUGGCCCAGCAUCUAACAAACACAGUUUUUAUUGACAGAGCUCUCAUAGUAGUACCCUGUGCAGAAGGUAAAAUACCAGAAGAAUCUAAGGCUCUCUCUCUGUUGGCUCCUGCUCCUUCAUUAUCUAGCCUGCUUCCUGGGGCCGGCCUACUACCUAUACCUACGCCUACUCCCACCCCAUCUCCCCUAGCUUCUGUUCUGAGAAGAGAAAAAGUGGAUGUGCCCUUGCUCAGCAUGCCAUUUACCACAUUGGCAGCUACUUUGCCCACACCUUUAGAACCGGUUAUUCCAGCUCUUGCCCCAGUUCUGCCAGCUCUAACGCCUGCCAUACCAGCGCUCACUGAACUGCAACAGCCACCAUUAAUGGGAAAUGUAGACCCCACAAAAGUGGAUGAAAUUAGAAGAACAAUUUAUGUUGGAAAUUUAAACUCACAGACUACAACAGCGGAGCAGCUUCUGGAAUUCUUUAAGCAAGUUGGGGAUGUCCGCUUUGUCCGUAUGGCUGGUGAUGAAACUCAGCCGACGCGGUUUGCUUUUGUAGAAUUUUCUGACCAGAAUUCAGUGACACGAGCGCUGACAUUCAAUGGAGUUAUGUUUGGUGACAGACCCCUUAAAAUCAAUCAUUCCAAUAAUGCAAUUGUGAAACCCCCUGAGUUGACCCCACAAGCUGCUGCAAAGGAGUUAGAAGAGGUGAUGAAAAGGGUGCGGGAAGCACAAUCAUUGAUUUCUGAGGCCAUUGAGCCAGAUCCUGUGAAACCAGUUGAGAAGGUGUUGCCGAAAAACUCCAGAUCCCGCUCACAUUCUCGCUCCAGAUCCCGAUCAAGUUGGAAGCGUUCACACUCAAAGCAAAGAAGUCGAUCACAUAACCGCUCUCGGUCCAGACUCAAAGAGCACCAGAGAUCUAAGAGUCCUCACAAGAAACGCUCUAAAUCUAGAGAUCAACGCAGAUCAAAAAGCAAAUCGCGUUCCAGAGAGAAGAAGAGAGAAAAGGACAGAAGUAAACCUAGGGACAAGGAGCGCACAAAAGAGAAAAACGAUAAAAGGAAAAAAGAGAAAAGGUCUCGUAGCCCUUCGAAAGGCCACUCGUCUAUCAGAAGGUCCCACAGUGUUAGCAGAGAAAGGCGCAAAAGGAGGAGUCGAAGUCUUUCCAAAUCUCCCAGAAAUUCCAAAACUGCAAAGAGGGUUUCUAGGUCUCCUACUCCUAGAAGGAAAAGGAGAACAUAGCAAAGUGACAAAAUACUGUUCUACAGUGGGAAUGUAGAAGACAAAAAUGAAGGGAGCCCCCAGCACAAUGGGAACUAUAGACUGAAUGAGGACAGUAAAGAAGGGGAAGCAGAAGUGGAUUAAAUCAAUCAUGGGCACUGCUCCUCUGAAGACUCUUCGAUCGGGGCCACCCAGUGGGCAUUAUGUCCUCUCCUUACUACAACACUCUGCACAUCUUGUUCUGUACCAUCUGUUUACCACAGUGCGGUGCUAAGCCUAGGAACUCCUGAACUCUGUCACAAGAAUCGUCAUCAUCUUCCAACAUGUUUGUGAAGUUAUUUAAACCAAAUUUGUGCUAGUGAUGGCAGCCAUCCGAAAAUGAUGUGAGGUGUGUGAAUGUGCUUUUAUUUAGUUGGUUUUUUAUCCUCCAGAUAUCGCAUGGUGCAAUCAUUGUGAGGCAAAGAGAAGGUUCAAGAAAGAUUUAUAUAUAAACAUUUUGGUAUCUUUUAUUUUAUUUAUUAUUUUCACAAAUCCUAAAAACUGUAACUGACCAAUAACUGUUCCCUCUGGGAUUUUAGUACUAAAAGAACGGUUAUGUUUCAUGUUAGCAUUGGAGACAUUGUGUGCUGUUCAGGUAAUCAUGUGAGAAUGUUAUUUUAUUUGUCUUUUUCUCUUUUUUUUUUUA